AUGGAGAGAUAUACUGACGAGAAGCAUCCGGAGACCGUCUACCUCAUCGAGGAAGUCGAACUUCAACAGCCGAAACCGAAGCGUCCCCUUUGGCGAAGAUGUAUUAGAGUUUUCCUCACCAUGGCAGGUCUCUGGAUGGUAUUCAGUGCAUUUGCUCCUGUUUUCAGUGGUGGAUUUGGCUGUCACAAACAUCGCCGCCCUGGUGACAUUGAUAUCAUCCCACAGCCUGCCCCGGAAAUGCCACAGCCAAAUAUGGACAUGGACUUCGAAGACCCCACAUUCAAAGUCCCAGUCGAACACUACACUUUCGAUGCCUCUCUAAGGAACUUUUACAUCAAACAAGAAUCUUUCCACAAGCCAUCCCGUGUCGAGGUCGUCGGAAACCUCAUUGUCCAUGCUUGUGAUAAGGCUUCCAACAUCUCUGCUCACUUCAAGUUCGAUGUUUCCGACUCCUCACUUCGUAAGGAGCUUGUUGUUCAGCCAGCUAGAGACGGUAUCAUCUUCAAACUCGAUCCCUUCUCGCCAGUUUCUCGAGGAAAAGUUAAUGCCACCGUAUUCCUUGUUAUUCCGAAGAAGAAAGACUACGAUCUCGAUACCCUUCACGUCAGCACCAUUCAACUCCCUAUUUGGAUCAAAAACUCCUUCACCACACCCAUCAACUCUACUUCUUUCUCCACAGUCGCUGGAACAAUAACUUCCUUUGGGAAAUCAUCCGACAAGAACGGUUUGGACAUCAACAACCUCCGUCUUCACACUGUAUCUGGUAACAUCGCUGGUGAAUUCCCACUCAAUCACGCAUUGGCCUUGGAAACUACAAAGGGAGAUAUCGUUGCCAACAUCGUUUCCUCCGACCGUCCUGAAAAGAUCGGCUGGUUGAAGACUUCUACCGUAAAUGGUAACCAUAAAGUCAAGUUUGUUAGCCAGCUUAACCCUCGCCCACUAUAUUCCAAGCAUAAAUCCGUCAGCGGUGAUAUCUCGGUUGUGUACCCUGAGGACUGGCAAGGUGGUUUGAAACUUAAGACCACCAGUGGUCAUAUUGAAGUUGAUGGCAGGGGCACUAAAGUCGUCAAGAAGGAUAAAAGCUUGGUUGGAAGAUUCUGGAAGGUUAUCAAGGGUGAAGGAAAGAGCAAGGGGUCCAUCGCUACCGUGAGCGGGAAGAUUGACGUCUUCAUUGGUGAAAAAAAGGAUAAGGAAGAGAGCCUGAUGGAGUAA